GGAGCGCAGCGGCCCCGUGUCGCCUCCACCGGCCCCGUGUCGCCUCCACCGCCCGUUCCCCGGCCUGCCGGCCACCCCCGGGCCGGAUGCUGCGGAGGCAGCGGCGAGCCGAGGCGCUGCGAGGCUCCCGGCUGCAGAUGUCCUGUGGUAGCCCGUGUCCCCCCAGGAGGUCCUGCCUGCCUUAGCCACCAUCCUGCCAGCCAUGGCCUCAACGCCCCAGUGAGGGACAAAAGGACAAGGAGCCAGUGUCCCCAACGCUGCCACGUCCCCAGGGAGAGCCAUGGAGGUCCCUCUGGACGUGCCUGUAGGGAACCUCAUUGACUUUGACAGCGAAACUCCUGCCUGUGACCCCCCAGAGCCCGCUCCUCCCGCCGUCCCCAGCGACAACGGCCACCUGGGGGACGAUAGCGGCCACCCGGGGGACACAGGGGACGUGGCCGCGGAGGAGAGCGAUGCCACCGAGUCAGCAGACAGCGAGAAUGACAUGGGGGACUCUCCCCAGCACUGGGGUGGCUUCCGCCGCUCCUCCUCCAACGAGUCCUUGUCCUCCAGCCAGAGCACGGAGCCGGCGCGGGACGCGGCCUCGGCCGAGCGCCGGGAGUUCAUGCGGAAUUACGUGGAGAAGAUCUUCACCGGGGGGGAGGAUUUGGACCAAGAGGAGAAGGCCAGGUUUGGGGAGCUCUGCAGCAGCGAGAACGGGAAGGGCAGGGAGUGGUUUGCGAGAUACGUGAGCGCCCAGCGCUGCAACUCCAAGUGUGUCUCGGAGCAGACCUUCUACCGCCUGAUGCAGUCCUUCGCCCUCGUGCUCUUUGAGUGUCACCAGAUGGACGAUUUCAGCCCUGCCAAGAACCUCAUGACCAUGUGUUUCACCUAUUACUACAUAGGGAAACCUCAGGCCCUGCCCUUGGAGGCCAAGGAGAAGCCCACGGGCAGCAUCGACUCGUACCUGAAGUCAGCGAACACCUGGCUGGCCGAGAAGAAGGACAUUGCAGAGAGGCUGCUGAAAAACACCUCGGCCAAGACAGAGAACGUCAAGGGCUUCUUCGGGGGCCUGGAGACCAAACUGAAGGGUCCUGGCCCCAAAAAGAGCGAAGAAGGUGAAGACAAACCAAAGGAGAAGCUGAAGAAAACGGUGUCCCUGCAGAGCCCAGAGGAGGAGAAGAAGGGGGAGAAGAUCUACCUGUACAUGCACCUCAAGCAGCAGCCGAUCUGGCACAAUCUCCGCUUCUGGAACGCUGCCUUCUUCGACGCCGUGCACUGCGAGCGCAGGAAGAGAUCCCCCACCACCAGAGGGAACACUGGGGAGGAAGAGGAGAAGAGGGAGAAGUGGUGCCACAUGACGCAGGAGGAGCGCGACGACAGCCUGCGCUUCAACGAGAACAUCACCUUCGGGCAGCUGGGCACCUUCAUCCACAACAUGCUGGCGUUUGGCCUCAACAAGAAGCUCUGCAGUGACUUCCUGAAGAAGCAGGCGACCAUCGGCAACUUGGACGAAGAGCAAUACAAGCUGCUCAGUGACCACAUCGAGCAGAUGGCCACGGAGUAGCUGCCUGGACACAGCGGCCGGACAGGUGGGGAGGGGAGAGGAGCCCACCUCCGGGGCUACCUGAGACUGCAGCUGGGCUGCCUACAAACCAAACCACACACACGAGCUGCAAUAAAACCUGCAUGAUCGUCCAUCAAACUCUAGAGCUGCCCCAGGGCAGCCUGUAGACAUAGGAGACAAACAGCCCCCGCCCUCGCCAGACCCUCCCGCCUCUGUUGUCGGAGUAGACAGCCCCAAAAGUGAAUUUGGUUGGUUGAGAAGCAAAACAAAACACAAGGGGAAAGCAGGAAGAGCGUGGCUGUGCAGCCCCCAGGUGCUGUGGCUGCAGCCCCCCCAUGCUGAGGUCUCUGGUGGUAAAUCCAGAGGGAUGCAAGGCUGCCUUUCCCUGCUGGACUCCCCCCGCUGAUGCUGGAGCUGCACCAGGGAUGCAGGAGGUGAUGGCAGGGACCACAGCCAGGUUCUCUGGUGUCUCCAGGGGUGUCACCACUGCCUGGGGACAUGGGCAGGGUGGGGCCUUGCUGGGGGCAGAGGUGGGGCUGGCAGAGCGCUGCUGCCGCCCUCCUUGGGAGCUGGAGGGAAAUCCUUCCCUUGGGAAACCUUCACUGUGCUGCCUGUGUGGGUUUGUACCUCUGGGCAGAGGGACAGCAGUUUGCUCCAUAUCAUUAGCCUGCAUCAGUAGGAAAAAAGCCAUGGCCUUGGGCAGGAUUGCGGGCAGAGGAGCUCUGCUUGCCUUGGGAGGAUGAGGAGAUGACAAAACCUCAUCCCCCUCCCUGCUGCCCUGUCAGUGUCGGGAUGCUGCUGGAUUGUGACAUUUCCCAAAGCCUCCUGGCGUCCUGUGGCAGUAGAUUAAUUCCCUCCUUCCCCGGGCUGCUCCUCUCUGCCCCCUCCUUGGCUCCAGCUGCUCAUCCAUCAAACCUGAAACUGCCCUGUCCAAAGGACAUCUCCUCUUCUGCUCCAGGGGCAGCAGAUCUGUUUUAUCCCUUGGACCUUGGCACGGUGUUUGCAGAGAGGCUGGGGACACAGGGACAUCUCUGGGGACACUGAUGGGGACACAGGGACUUCGCUGCUCCCCUCUGCAGAAACACCCAGCCCUGCACAGCCAAGGGUCCAGCAGCCUCACCCCAAAAACCUCAUCCUGAAACACGAGUCCAGGUUUCAAUCAAUCCCUUUUCCCUGUGCUGCCAGCUGUCUCCCAUAGGAAAUAGCAUAAAAGGAUAUUUUUUCCAUGUAGCUCUUGGCUUCUGGUGUCAUUUCCAAGCAUCAAAGUGAUGCUUUUACCUAAGCUGGGCUUCCCCUGCUGCUGGGGAUGGGAUCCGUGCUGGGUCUUGUAGGAAGGACAAAUCCAGCACCAGUUCUUCCUUGACCGUUCCCAAACCUGGGCAGAGUCACUGGAGAAGGGUUUUUGUUGGGGUCAGGGGCUGAUGUUGGUCCCUCAUCCCAAUAAACCCCUUCCUGCUGGAUAAAAUGUGCUGCACCAUGAGCAGCUCAGCAUCCUGGAGCAUCCCAUCCCCGUGGCCUUCCCUCUCUGUCUCCACUCAGGUCUUCCCCAAAUCCUCCUUCAUUUCUUUAUUAUUGUUAUUUUUUUUUUUCCAACAUGAAAAGAAAUGUUCAGCGCUGAAGUAUAUAUAAUAUUUGCAUGUGUAUUUUUCUAUAAAAACAAUUAAAAUCCAAUAAAAAAUAGCCAUAAACCCUCCUUGACCGGGGAUGUGUGAAGGUUGGGAUGUGUGAGAGAGAGAGAUUGGAAUAAAUUAUCUCAGAAAU